AUGAUUCGUCGAAUUCCACCAAAUCGUCUCAAUCAUGAGGAGCUGUCAUAUUUGGUUCGUAUCCGAGGUAUUGCCACCGGCACGGUGGAGGAAAUGCGGCAUACACUAGCUAUGGCAAUGAGAAUGGAGAAAAGUGGAGACACAGUACUGUGGCCAAAGUAUCCAUUCACUGUGGACGAAGAUGUGCAGGCGGUGAAGGAAAAAUUGAACUCUCCUUCUGACCUGUCUAAGCCCGCAAUGGAUCAGAAAUCACCCAACCAUCAGAGUUCCAAGAUCGACAAGAUGGGCCUGAAAUCGCCGAAAGUUUCCCUGAGAAGCCCCAGCCAUUCCGAACGGGCCAUUUUCGAUUUUUGUGAGAGCGACUCCGUCAGACUUCCUAGUAAAUCUCCUAGGUCCCCCAGGUCGCCUAGGUCUCCCAGCAAACCCAGCUAUGAAGAUGAAAUCCGCAAUGUGCCAGGUUCCAGUGACUGCGACUCCAACAACAUCAAGUUAGCCUCACCCCCCAAGAAAUCGAGCAAGAUCACCAACCGUCAGAUGUACCAGUCCUCCAAGAGCGACUCAAUAAACUCUGCCAGGUCCAGCCUGGAAUAUUCUUCCACCAUCAAACACCCCACAGGAGCUUAUCAGGAUAUAGAGUACAAAGUCUGCCAUUCUCUGGACUCAGACUCUCAAACCACUUCUACCAGCUACAUCAGACAGUCGACAGCUAGCAUCAGCUCCAGGCAUUCGUCCUUCAAAGAGAAGAGGAAACCGAAGUGCAACAUAAGAACGAAUCCUGGAUAUGACGAGAGAAAAUCAACAUCGGACCUCACAGAUAUGACUGAAGACAUCGCCAACACUAUGACUACAUCGCUGAGCAGACCUAGUUCUCCACGGCGCAAAGGUUCUGUGAAAGGGGGCUUAGCGUAUCUCGCCUCCAGAAGAGGCUCCAGAGAUUCCGUGGCUUCCAAUAUGUCCAAUGUGUCCAAUGAGGAUAUCGGGCCGCUGAAUUUCCAGAAUACAGUUCGCGGAAGGCAGAGGAGAACUUCCAAUUUCUUGGAGUUGCCUGUUCCAGACCACGUGAGACCGCGGGUGUGCUCCCUUCCGGAGAAACCCUACAACCCCCGGCUGAGCGACGACCUCUACCGGCUGCGCACGUUCAGCAUCACCAACAAGGGCGGCGUCGUCAACUGCGGAGAUUCCAUCAUCAACAGGAGGUCCCGCUCCAACACGAGCGUCAACUCGACGGCCAGCAGGUGA